UUUUUUUUUUGGUUUAUUUUAUACUUUUUUUUUUAUCAAAAAAGUAUAAUGACUAUACGUUAUUAUUGUCAUUAUUGUAAAAUACCCAUUCGACUUUCUUUAUAUCUAACUGAACCUACUUGUCCUCAUUGUCAUACUCAGUUUGUAGAAGAGAUUUCCUCUCUUUGUACAUCAUCACCACAACGUGUCAUGUCUAGUUUUGGUUAUUUAUCUUGGCCAGACGAACCUCACCCAUCGGAAGUCAACCUUACUCUAUCUCAACCUACAAUAAAUAUCAACGGCAAUGAUGACAAUGAUGACAGCCAGCAAGAGGAAGAAGAAGAAGAAGAAGAAGAAGAAGAAGAGGGAGAAGAAGAGAACGAGGAGGAAGAAGAAGAAGAAGAGGAAGAAGAGGAAAAUUGGCAUGAUACUUGGAAUUUUACUCAACAAUAUCGACGUAGAACCCGUAGUAGUAGUAGUAGCAUAGUUGAUCUUGUAUUGUCACGGUAUUUAUCUAUCUCAGCUAUGGAGCGGUCAUCACAACAGCAACAAAAUGAAGAAGAAGAAGAAAAUCAUUUCGAUCGACCUGAACAAGAUGAACGAGAUACAACUUUAUGGUAUCCAGCAGAAGAAGGAGGUGACGAUGAUGAUGGUAACAAUAUUGAUGGUACAGCUAUAUGGAUAUCAAGUGAUGAAGAGGAUAAUCAGCAACCGCAACACGAUGAUAGUGAUGAUGAAGAUGAUGGUACAUACUAUGAAACAAUAUCAACAACCAAUCAACCAUCACACUUGACGACGAGUAGACGGAUGAUCAAUGCCAACACCAACAAUGAUGAUGAUACUGGGAUUACUUACAUCUCUAGUGAAAGUAGCAAUAGUGAUCAUAGUAGUCUUGGUGUUUAUGGAGAACGACGGUGGGUAGAUGCUUGGAUAGCCAGUGAAGAAGAAGAAGAUCAAGUAGAAGAUGAUGAUUUGGAUGCUUACGCUUACGAAUUCUUACUGUCUGGCAUACAUCGACCUACAAGGUCGAACGCUUCGUCCACAACCAAUGAUAACACUACACAACCUACAGCACAACAUCGUUCUUUGUCUUCCACAUCCUCCUCCAACAGUCGUCUAUUUAUGCCACCCUUUUUCCGGAUUGAACGAUUACUAGAUAUGAUCUAUCAAGGAUACUCAGAAUCUGAUAAUGAAAUGGAGGAUAAUCACUAUGACUAUCAUCAAGGGUUUAUGGAAAAUCUCAUGGAUAUUUUUAGUGACCCAAUGGAAACACCGCAACCUUCCAAUAAUGAAGAUAUAGAACGGUGCAUUAAUCAACUAUUGAAAAAAACACUUGUGAAGGGUGACUCUGCUGUCAAAGUAGAAUGUAUUAUAUGCCAAGAAGCCUUUGGAAUCAAUACUGAAAUAUUACAAAUGCCUUGUCAACAUGAAUAUCAUGGUUCCUGUCUUCGUCAAUGGUUAUUUAUUAAUGCUACCUGUCCAAUAUGUCGAUGUCCUGUGUCUUCAAUUAUGGAUCGACCACCACCUCCACCUGUUCUAUCCUCUUUGCCUUCUCCGAUUUCUAAUUUAAGAAUGAAUCAACAAACAACAAAUGCGCCACUUAUUGAUAUUGACAACAGUGACGAUCACUACGAAGAAGAGAUGGACAAUUCACACGAAGAAGAAGAAGAAGAAGAAGAAGGGUAUACAAGCGAUUAUUAUGAAGUCAUUGAUCCUCCUCCUCUCUGGGCACGUUCAUCAUCAUCCUCUUUGGCCGUCACUACUACACCUUCCAAUUCAUCAUCAAUUGCUCCAAGAUCUUUAUUAUAUCAUCAUCAUCAUCAUCGUCGAUAGAUUAGUUUUGUAUAUGUGUGUUUGUAGAUCUUCACUCUCCCCCCUUAGUUGUUUAUUGUUGUGAAUUGUUGAUUUAGCGAUACCCUUUCCUUUUAUAAAUAUGCCUCCCCUUUGAUAUCAAUAAUAAAAAAAAACAUCCAUUCUAUACCUUGAUGUAUUUACAAAAAAAA